AUGUUUUGGCGUCCGAACCAGAAGGAGGAACAGAUCGCAAAGCUUGGAAUCGGGUUGACAAGCCUCGUCUCCAUGACGGUGUUGCUGCAGAUGGUGGCCGACGCGAUUCCGAGGACUCAGGAUUUUCCGCUUCUAGGGAUCUACGUGGUUGUCUGUAUCGCGAUAAUCGGCAUCGCAUGCGUACUUGUUCUUGCGUAUCCAGAAGAGCGAAGUCGCCUCAAAAACAAGGACACGGAGAAUUUUUGCUUGAAGUUUAUUCACAUUUUCUCGUGUCACAUCGUCGCCCACAUCUUCUUCCAAAUAUUGAAUUUUGCCAAUUUUGCGAUUUUGAUCCGUGGCGCGGCAGAACUGGUCGGAAUUUGGAGCGUCGCCGGAGUACUCAACCUAUCUGGAUGCUUCAAAUCAGUUGUAUCGAGAUGUUUUUGCGGGGCGUGGAUACAGGCCGGAACUAUCGCCGGUCUAUUCAAUGAUGCCGGUGAAUUGGACAGAGUCUACGGUACCUCGGUUUCCGGUUUUCGUGAGCGGCAACUUUUCAACUUGCUAGUGGAGAUUUAUGUGGGCUGGACCGACAUUCGAUUAGUUUGGAACCCGGCCGAUUACGGAGGAAUACAGUACAUUUGGGUGAACCCUGAAGACAUCUGGAUCCCAGAAAACAUAGUCGGAAAUGCGAAAGUGCUUGACGAAAUCUACAAUGAAGAUUACCUAUCCCUAAAAUUGUGGUUUAACGGCACGCUGGCCCUGGCGAGGAGUUAUUACGCCGAGUUGAGCUGCCCAAUUGACGUCGGCCAUUUCCCGUUCGAUCGUCAAAAGUGCCAGGUCGCGUCGAUGGCCGUAUCGUACGAUCGCAACCAAGUUUUUGCUGCCCCCAUGGUCAACAACGAUUUCGAUCCCACCCAUACGAGUAAUGGCGAAUGGUCCUGUAAAAACAUCGAGAGCGGUAUCGAAGUGUGGGGUGGAUCGAAUUUUAAGUUUGAUGUGGUUACCUUCACCUUCACUUUCCAACGGGUCCCCCAUUUCUAUAUCUACGUGAUCGUGUUACCGUGUUUGAUAUUAACUACCCUCUCAAUUAUUGGCAUGUUUUGGCGGCCGAACGAGCAGGAGGAGCAAUUGGCAAAGCUUAGCAUCGGGUUGACCAGCUUGGUGUCGAUGACGGUGCUGAUGGACAUCGUUUCCGGAGCGAUACCAAAGACGAUCAAAUUUCCUUUGUUAGGCCUCUACGUCGUGAUCAGCAUCGCGAUCAUCGCCGUAGCGUGCGUGAUUGUUGUCGUAUUUCCUCGAAACGGGCAGUGUCCUUUUAAAGAUAUGAACAAGACGCAGAGUAUUAGAUUACGAAUGUUCACGUUCUUCUCGUCGCACGUCGUCUGCCACGCCAUUUUUCAAAUCCUAAACGUUGCCAGUUUUGCGGUGUUUAUGUCGUAUUGGAAGUCG